GAGAGAGAGGGAGGGUGAUGGAGGCAACAGCGAUGGGGUCAGCGACGUGUCAUCCAACAUGGCGGCAGCGUCGUACGACCAGCUGCUGAGACAAGUGGAGGUGCUUAAGAUGGAGAACUCUAACCUGAGACAGGAGCUGCAGGACAACUCCAACCACCUGACCAAACUGGAGACUGAGGCCUCCAACAUGAAGGAAGUGCUGAAGCAGCUGCAGGGCACCAUAGAAGAAGAAUCCGGAGAGGCGUCUGGAACUCAGCUGGAGCUCAUCGAACGACUCAAAGAGAUGAGCCUGGACUCAGCAGGUUUUAUGCCCAGGUCGAGGCCUUCUCUGCCCCCCUCGUCAUCCUCUAGCUCAGCCACUUCUGGUUUUGGAACUCUUGCUCCUGGAGGUUCUGGAACUCCAGGUCCCCCUACAACCACUGCCUUCCCCAGGAAAGGCCUGCCAUCUGCUGGCAGAGACGGCCAUGACCGCUGCCUGGAGGAGCUGGAGAAGGAGAGGUCUCUCCUAUUGGCUGAGCUGGAGAAGGAGGAGAAGGAGAAGGACUGGUACUAUGCUCAGCUGCAGAAUCUCACCAAGAGGAUCGACAGCCUUCCACUCACUGAAAAUGUAAACACUGUUUCACAGUUUCAAUUAGAGUUCACUCUUCAGACCGACAUGAGCCGCCGGCAGCUGGAGUUUGAGGCUCGUCAGAUCCGGUCAGCGAUGGAGGAGCAACUGGGUUCUUGUCAGGAGAUGGAGAGGAGAGCUCAGGCUCGUGUGUCUCGUAUUCAGCAGAUAGAGAAAGACAUCAUGAGACUGGGAGCUCGACUGCAGGUGGAGGGAGCUCAGGGGUUGAGCGACAGCAGUGGAUUGGCUGGAGCUCAGAUCUCCAGCAGCCGACUGGACCAUGAGCCGGCCAAUGAGAUGAGCUACUCUGUGCCUCGAAAAAUCACCAGCCACCUGGGAACAAAGGUGGAGAUGGUCUACAGUCUUCUGUCCAUGCUGGGGACUCAUGACAAGGACGACAUGUCACGCACACUGCUUGCCAUGUCGAGCUCGCAGGACUCGUGCAUUGCCAUGCGUCAGUCUGGCUGUCUGCCGCUGCUCAUUCAGCUGCUGCACGGCAACGACAAGGACUCCCUGUUGCUAGGUAACUCCCGUGGCAGUAAGGAGGCCCGUGCGCGGGCAUCAGCUGCGCUGCACAACAUUGUCCACAGUCAGCCAGACGAUAAGAGAGGACGACGUGAGAUCAGAGUGCUCCACCUGUUGGAGCAGGUGCGUCAUUACUGUGAGGCCUGUUGGACCUGGCAGGAGAACCAUGAGAGGGGCGUCGACCAGGAGGACAACCCCAUGCCAUCUCCAGUUGAGCACCAGAUCUGUCCGGCCGUAUGCGUCCUCAUGAAACUUUCCUUUGAUGAAGAACAUCGACACGCCAUGAACGAACUCGGUGGUCUGCAGGCAGUGGCAGAGCUGCUGCAGGUGGACUGUGAGAUGUUCGGUCUGAGCAGUGAUCAUUACAGCAUCACUCUGCGACGAUAUGCUGGCAUGGCACUUACCAACCUCACCUUUGGAGACGUGGCCAAUAAGGCCACACUGUGCUCCAUGAAGGGCUGCAUGAGAGCGAUGGUCGCUCAGUUGAAGUCUGAGAGUGAAGACCUGCAGCAGGUGAUAGCAAGUGUCUUGAGAAACUUGUCCUGGCGUGCUGAUGUCAACAGUAAGAAAACACUGCGUGAGGUCGGCAGUGUGCGAGCACUGAUGGGCUGCGCUCUCGAGGUCCAGAAGGAGUCGACCCUGAAGUCUGUACUGAGUGCACUCUGGAACCUGUCGGCUCACUGUACAGAGAACAAAGCUGAUAUCUGUGCAGUGGAUGGUGCUCUGGCAUUUCUGGUGGGAACACUGACUCAUCGUGCCAUCAUCGAGAGUGGCGGUGGCAUUCUGCGCAACGUGUCCAGCCUCAUCGCCACCAAUGAGGUGCACAGGCAGAUCCUGCGUGAGCACAGCUGCCUGCCAACCCUGCUGCAGCACCUCAAGUCUCACAGUCUGACUAUCGUAUCCAAUGCCUGUGGAACGCUCUGGAACCUGUCAGCUCGAGAUGCCAAAGACCAGGAGGCGUUAUGGGAGCUGGGCGCUGUGGGCAUGCUGCGAAACCUCAUCCACUCCCGCCACAAGAUGAUUGCCAUGGGCAGUGCUGCUGCCCUGCGCAACCUAAUGGCCAACCGCCCAGCACGCUACAAGGAUGCCAGUGUCUUGUCGCCAGGUGCUGGUGCUCCAUCACUGCAUGCACGCAAACAGAAGGCGUUAUUUGAGGAACUGGAUGCACAGCAGCUAUCAGAGACUUUUGAUAACAUCGACAACCUAAGCCCCAAGGCGGCACACAGGAAGGGGCGGGGCUGUAGUGGUGCUGGAGGAGGAGGGAGCAUGACACGCUCAUACACUAACACACCAGUAUUGUCAAGCCCAAAGAAUGGAGACGGAUCGAAGAAAAUGAGUGAGGAAACGGCAUAUGCUCGGCCAGUGUUCGCACCCAGCGUUCGAGCAUCGAGCGAUAGCCUAAACAGUGUGACAAGUGCCGAUGGCUAUGGCAACCGCGGCAAAAACAAACCAUCAUCAGAGCCGUUCUACUCAUCUGACGAGAGCGGCGCCAACAAGUGUUGCGUCUACAGGAAGUACCCGGCCGACCUAGCCCAUAAAAUUCGUAGUGCCAACCACAUGGCAGAUGAUGAUGGUGCAGAGUUAGAUACUCCUAUCAACUACAGUCUGAAAUACUCGGAUGAACUAAAUUCAGGGAGACAAAGUCCAAGUCACCGCGACGGCAUUGAGAGUGAAGAUGAUGAUGAACAGAGCAUCACGCUGAUGAGGAGGAACGAUGGUAAUAAAUCAGCAACAAGCAGCAACUGCCAGACAUCUGUUCCACAACCUCGCUAUGUCAUUGUCACAGCGGCAUCAAACUAUGGCGGUGACUCAACAGGUGAGGAGCCAAUUGACUACAGUUUGAAAUAUAGCACUGACACCACUCGCAAGCCACUGUUUCAGCCAGAAGAUACCGCUGCCCCCUCCCUCCCCACUAUCCCAACUGCUUCUACCAGCAAGCUCCGCCCCCCUCCUCCCCCAGUCAGUCGGGCAGUGCCAAAAAGCAACCAGGAGUCAACACAGACGUACUGCGUGGAGGACACACCCAUUUGCUUCUCCAGAGGCAGCUCGCUGUCGUCGCUGUCAUCAGAGGAGGAGGAGGACACUGAUGUCAUUAGGAGGAAGAGGAGAGCUGGGAGCACUGUCAGCUGUGGUGGCACCAACGACUAUCCGACACUUCCUGUUAGUGAGAAAGAUCCACAUGAGCAGAGGCAGCAGAAGGAGGCAGAAAGCCAGACUGCCAGUGCCACUCCUUCUGCACGGGGACGGCGAGGCCAUCAUCACCACCAUGGCCACACCCACCACCACCAUCACCACCACCAUGUGACAUCAUCCUCAGGCACCAGGACUCCUAAAAGCCCACCAGAGCAGCCAUAUGCUCAGGAGACACCACUGAUGUUCAGCCGCUGCACAUCGGUGAGCUCCCUUGACAGCUUCUCCACCAGUUCCAUUGCCAGCUCUGUUCACUCCAGUGAGCCGUGUAGUGGCGUGCCAAGUGGCGUGGUCAGCCCUAGUGACCUUCCUGACAGCCCAGGGCAGACCAUGCCGCCAAGCCGUGCCAAAACACCCCCACUGCCAUCAACACAGAAAACAAAGGUGGAUGAUAAAGCCAAGAAGGAUGAGGGGGAGAGCAGCACUGAUGUCAUGCUGCACUUCGCCACCGAGAGCACACCACAUGGCUUCUCUCGAGCCUCCAGUCUGAGUGCGCUCAGUCUGGAUGAGCCAUACAUUGCAGCAGAGAUUAAUAAGAAAAAAGAGGAGGAAGAGAAUGAGGAGAAAAAGGAGGAGGAGUCAACAAAGCCAAUCCUCGAUGAAUCAGAUGACGACAAUGACAUCCAGAUCCUGGAGGAUUGCAUCAACAUGGCCAUGCCGAAGUCAUCACGGAAACCAAAAAAACAGCAACAAGCAGCACCACGGAAGCCCAGCCAACUUCCUGUCUACAAGUUUCUCCCACCUCAAAGCCGUCCCCAAUCACAGCAGAGGAAAGAUGUGCCACCUCCUCCAGAGGAGGUGCCAAGAGUUUACUGUGUGGAGGGAACACCACUCAACUUCUCUACUGCCACCUCACUUAGUGACCUCACUAUCGACACUCCACCCAGUGAGGAGACAGCAGCAUCCGUCACAGCUGUAGGCCCACCCACAUCCACCCAAAGAAGGCUGGUCGGACUUCCUGAGGGGGAGAACGGUGAUGACAUACUUGCUGAGUGCAUUAGCGCUGCAAUGCCCAAAGCCAAACCCAGAAAACCAAUCAGAGCAGCAGCCACCUGUGAGCAACGCCACGCUCCAUCCCUUACCCCCCCUCCUCCUCCAGACCCACCUCCUCUUUGCCAACAGCAGCAGCAGAAGCCAACAUCACCCGUGAAGCCAAUGCCCCAGCGCGUGUCAUAUGGCAUCCCAACAGCUACAGCCACCAAAGCAAAAUCAGGGUUUGCCUUCGACUCACCGCGACAUUACACGCCCAUUGAGGGAACGCCAUGCUGCUUCUCACGCAAUGACUCGCUGAGCUCUCUUGACUUUGACGAAGAUGACGGUGGUGAGAAAGAUGAAGAGGAUAAGAGAACAAAAGAAGAAGAAGGCAGAAAGAGGAAGCAGCAGACGGCAUCCGUUUUACCUCGAACCAAACCUGCAAACAGUCAGACAGCAGCAGAUGAGAAGCAGAAGUUUGCCAUUGAGGACACACCUGUUUGCUUUUCAAGAAAUUCAUCACUGAGCUCGCUGAGCGACAUUGACCAGGAGAACAACAACAAGGAUUUUGCUCCACCACUGCGAAAGAAUCAAGAUGGUGGCAAAGCAGAGACAUCUACUCCUCCUGCACAGGUGGUGUUGAAGUCCCGUCCCCCCACAGCCAGUGGCUAUGCCCCUAAAGCCUUCCAUGUGGAGGACACACCCGUCUGCUUCUCAAGGAACUCGUCGCUCAGCUCACUGAGUAUUGAUUCUGAGGAUGACCUGCUGCAGGAGUGCAUUAGCUCAGCCAUGCCAAAGAAGAAGAAGAAAGCUGCCACCGUCUCCACUGCUGUUGUCACAUCACUUCUUGCUCCAAAAGCUGAUGAUUGUAUUAUGGCUGAAGAGGAACCUUCAGAGGCGCCAAGAAGCCCUGCUUCACCUGACUCUGAGUCAUUUGAUUGGAAGGCUAUUCAAGAAGGCGCCAACUCCAUUGUCAGCAGCCUGAAUGCUGCUGCUGCUGCCUCAUCACUGUCUCGCCAACCAUCAUCAGACUCUGACUCAGUCCUCUCCUUAAAGUCUGUUGGUUCACCGUUCCGUCUCCCAAAAGCCACUAAUAAUGCAGAAGAAGAAAAGGAGGAAGAGGAGGUGAAACGAGGAGCCAGAAUCCUGAAGGCAGGAGAAUGCAGCAUGCUGGAGGCCAAGAAGAAGGAGGACGAUGAGGAAGAGGCGAAGGCAGUGAGAGGAGGGAAGAAGGUGUACAGGAGUCUGAUCACAGGUAAGCCGAGGGCAGAGCCAGCAGCCAGGGGGCGGAGCAAACCCAGAGCAGCAAGCGUGGCCAAAGCACCGGGAAGCAGCGAUGACAGAGGAGGCGGGUCCUCUCGGGACUCCACUCCAUCUCGUUCUUCCACAGCAGCCAAUCAGAAGGGAGGGAAGCUGUCACAGCUGCCCCGAACUGCAUCUCCAGGAAGUGCAUCAUCAUCUUACAGACCACCCAAACAGAGCAUGGUAGCAAAGAGUGGAAGCGGCGGCAUCCCCAGGGGUGAGCCAGUAUCAAGGGUUAGCGGCUCCAUGGUAGCUAAAAAGCAGAAGAUGGAGCCUGAGAAACCGGUGCUUGUCCGACAGUCGACCUUUAUCAAAGAAGCUCCAAGUCCAACGCUGAAGAGGAAGGUGGAGGAGUCUGCUGCAGCAGCAGCUUUAGAAUCACCGUCCAGCCCCGAUACACCACUACCAUCAACAACCAGGAGGCAUGAUAUUAACCGCUCACACUCUGAGAGCCCUUCACGUCCACAGGAAGUAACACCAUCACGGUUCAGCCGCACUGGCACCUGGAAGCGGGAAAACAGUGGCAGUGGAGGAGCCAGUGGUGGGAAACACUCCACAUCGUUACCACGUGUGGGGACAUGGAAACGGACAGGGAGCUCAUCAUCAGUGCUGUCGGCGUCAUCGGAGUCCAGUGAAAAGGGGCGGAGUGAGGAGGAAGGCGCCAUGAGGCCGAAGGGGACAUGGAGUAAGGCAAAGAGUGGCAGCGACUCAUCAGCUGUCCACAACUUGACUGACAAAUCAGAAGAUGUGUGGGUGCGACUGGAAGAUUGUCCAGUCAACAAUCCACGUUCCUCCUCUUCCUGUUCAGUCCGCUCUCCUACUGCUGCCAAUGCCCCGCCCAUCAUCGACAGCCCCACCCCCUCCAGAAUAUCCUCCUCCUCUAACCUCAACCUGCGUCACAGCUAUGAGAGCCUCGAGGAAAAGCCGCCGCCACCUGAACGCCAGCAGCAGCAACGCAGUCAGCAGCGCAGUGGUGCCGUGGCAGCUCGUGUAAGCCCCUUCAACUAUACACCAAGCCCAAGGAAGAGCAAUGGUGAUGUCACCACAACUGCCACAGCAACCACCACAGCUUCAUCAAUGACCCCCACACGACCCUCUCUCAUCCCCACCCCCGUCACCAAAAAACGGGAGCCUAAGGGCGGAGAAGGCAGCAGCGGCAGUGGGGGCGGUGGCAGCGGUGAGCGUGGUUCAUACAUCGUGACGUCAGUGUGAAAGAAAAAAAGGAGAAGCUGGACAUAAAAUGGCUGCUGCAGUUGGGACAGUAGACAAAAUGGAGGGAGUGUAAAUAUGGUGGGAAAUGUCAGAAUCAGAAUCAUGUCAAAGUGUUUGUGAAUUGAACUGUACAGGAAGUGAUUAUGUAUUGAAGUUCUAACCCCGCCCCCUAACAUCAACUUCUCUCCUAUCAUUGGCUGCCCUUACCUGUCAGUCAAGGGUGAACCCUAACCCAAGUCAAGGUCCUUUAUUUUAUGAGAGAAAACUUUAAAAAUGAACUCUUAAUGUUUUUACCACUGAAAUGAUGUGUAGCGCUUAGCUCCGCCCCUCCACGCCUGUAUCCCUGCAUGGCCCCACCCCCCUAAGCUGAAGGAUGGCAGUUACCAUAAUGAUGAUGAAGAUAAUGAUCUUAACAGUGUUUCUGCUAGCUGACGCAUCUGAGCUGAUUGUGCUGUUUUUGGAGGUUUUCAUGUUUUCUGAAUCGAGUCAAGUUCUGGGAAAAAUUUUUUGUCUUUUACAAGAGGAAACAGUUUGAGUUUAGAAAAAUUAGCCUUUUAAAACUAUCCCAAAUUAAUUAAAAAAUUUGGCAAUUUUUUUGCAGCCAGAGUUGAACAUAGAAUCCACGAUGUCCAUACAGUGGGGCCAAUAAGUAUUUGAUACACCGCCGAUUUUUCAAGUUUU